UUAUGCUCCAGGUGGAUGGUCAUCAACGCCGUGGUCCUGUUGAUUCUGCUGAGCUCCCUGGCGGACCCCGACCAGCGUCACUUCUCGAGUUCGGAACUGGGAGGUGACUUAGAGUUCAUGGAUGACGCCAACAUGUGCAUUGCUAUCGCAAUUUCCCUUCUCAUGAUCCUGAUAUGUGCAAUGGCUACUUACGGAGCGUACAAGCGACGUGCUGCCUGGAUCGUCCCUUUCUUCUGUUACCAGAUCUUUGACUUUGCUCUGAGCGCCUUGGUUGCCAUCACUGUGCUGGUUUAUCCGAACUCCAUUCAGGAGUACAUACGACAGCUGCCUCCUAAUUUUCCCUACAAAGAGGAUGCCAUGUCAGUGAAUUCUACCUGUUUGGUCCUUGUUGUUCUUCUGUUUAUCAGCAUUCUCUUGGCUUUCAAGGGUUACUUGAUUAGCUGCGUUUGGAACUGCUACCGGUACAUCAACGGCAGGAACAACUCCGACGUCCUGGUGUAUGUUACCAGCAAUGACAGUACGGUGCUGUUACCCCCGUACGAUGAUGCCACUGUGACCGGCACAGCCAAGGAGCCGCCGCCCCCUUACGUAUCUGCCUGAGCCUGACGGUGGGCGGAGCAGAGCAGAGCUUGGCUUUGCAGACAUCGAGGCAUUAGUUCUUUCUCUUCUGAGAUGCGCUCUCCGAGUUAUUUGUUGCUGAGAUGUUGCAACUUAAAUUUUUAGUGUUAAGUUGAAACCCUCUGUAGUUUUAAACAUAUGCUUUAGCUAGAGCACUGUGAUAGGUUAGCUUCCCCGGACGCCCUGGGCGCCGAAAAUUCCCGGCAGUCUGGGUGGACUUGAGGCAGAGAAGUCUGGUUUUGUACCCCUAGGCCCCAAGUUGGGGGAUUCAUCACAUUUUUUUCCUCUCUGUUCCCUCUGUCUCUUUCAAAAGUAUCAAAUAAAAUCAAAAUGAAACAAUACUUUUCUUAAGCCUCUCCGGUGUGUGGAAGAAACCCUUGAGAGAGCAAGGCUGUUAAUGGUGAAUCGGUGCUCCAGUUAGGGAAAUAGGAGUCCAUUAGUGUGUCUAAAUAAAACAGGAAUUUCCUUAAGAGCCUUGAUGGCAUCAAUUCAGGGACCGUUUGGAUUUGUCCAUGGGCUAAAUUGAGACUCUCUGACAAUCCCCAGCAGUGAGAGAGCAGCCGUGGCACAUGGCUGUUCCGGGCACCCCGGGUCUGCGGUCAUGGAGGGGCGUGUCUCGUCGGAGUUACGGGGUGAACCGAUGUGUUAGGCGCUGCACGGCACCCCGUGCUCCCUGUCUCCAGGUAUCCUAUCCCCGCCCGGCCCUCUCACUGCAUGGUCUGGCCUGGCCUGACUCCGGGAUGUCCGUCUCACUUUGUCAGGGGGCAUUGCUAGGAGGUACUUACCUGACCCUAUAAAAAGGUUUCUUCUCUCCCUGCAAGGCACAUCCUACUGCUUGGAACUUCCAACUAUGCCUAGUCAUCUUUCAAAGUGAGUGUAGAGUGAUCUGCAGAAAAAUGAGGAGGAGGGGCGCUUUCCUAGGGACCCCCCACCUUGACUACCUGGAUUUCGGGGGACUUUUAUGUAUUCGUAGAUGGAAGAGUCCCAGCUCCUGUUUUUUUCCAUUAUUCGAUGUGCUGUACAUGAAAGCUUUUACAAUUAAAGUGAGAUUUGCCCACACCCAA